AUGAAGCGUGGCCGGGAUGACACCCCCCCGCAGAGGGGCGGUUUGGACGGCGCGCCCAUGGCCACGCCCUCGGUGCUGGGCUUCGCGCGCUGGGGCCUGCAGCGGAGGCCGCAGGUCCUGGCGGCGAUGAAGGCGUUGGGCAGAGCGAAGCGCCGGGUGCGGCUGUUCUCCAUGUACACGGGCUGGGGCACUGCUGAGAUGGCCGCGGAUGCGCUGAGGAGCGCGCUGCGGGAGCUGGGGGAGGACCUGGAGAUAGAGCUGGUGUGGAUCUGCGAAUCCAACGUGGACAAGUGCCGCUACCUCGCCAAUGCCUUCAGGAACGUCCAGUACAUCUUCACGGAUGCCUCGGAGGUGGCCACAGGUUUCGCCCGGGAGUAUCGCAGCGGCUGCAAGCUGCUGGUGCCUUUCGACCUGGACGGGGGCUUCGUGGGGUACCCCUGCGUGGACCUCUCGUCGCUGAACAACGGGCCGGGGCAGUUCACCGACACCGCCACGGCCACCGGCAGGGGCUAUGCAAACAUGCUGAGCGUGGUGGAUCGCUGCAGCGGCCUCGCGUUUCUGGGCGUGGAGAACAGCGCGAACAUGUGGCGCAAGCGGAAGCAGGACGAAUGGAGGCGCCCCAUCGACCUCCAGGACGAAGCCUUCCGCGGCCGCGGCUUCGUGGCCUCCUCCCACUGCGUCUCUGCCCACGAGUUCGGGCCGCCGCAGAGCCGGCGCCGGUCCUGGAGCUUGUACCUCCGGCGCGGCGCGCCGGAUUCGGAGCUGCAGGCGGAGGUGGCCCUCUCGGACCUCUUCCUCUCCUUCCGCUGCAGCCUCAUGUGCCUGGACCGGAUCCUGGAGCAGCCGGCGAAGCCGGCAGCGAAGCCAGGGAAGUCGAAGCACAAUCUGGACUGCAAGUGGCCGAAGCAGUUCCUGUCGCUGGCCAAGGCUUUGGGAAAGGAGGCCCAGCUGGCGGAGAAGCUGCGGCAGGUGCAGCAGAGGCAGCUGAGCCUCACCCCGCGCGAGGUGCACGUGGUGGCGCUGGCGGCCCUGGAGCUGGAGACGAGGCAGGUGGACCUGGACCGAAACCUGGUGGUCAUCCAGGUGGAUCAGAACUUCGGCAGGUCGUGGCACAGAUCGAACCCCCAAAACGUCACGCCCUGCAUCAUCCCCAAGGGCAAGUAUGUGGUGACGGGGCCCCACUGGCGCCUCCUAGGCACUAGGGAGAAGUGCAUGCUGCAGGGCGUCGGCCUCGAGGAGAUCCAAAGUUAUUCCAUGGAAAAGUACUUAUCUGAUGCCCAGCUGAGCGACAUGGCGGGCAACGCCUUCUGUGCUCCCAUCUGCUUGGCGGCGCUGCUGACGUUGCUGAGCUGCUGGGAAGCGAAGCCGCCGGAGUCGAUGAGCGGAGCCGCCAUGUUUGAGAGGUUUGGAGAGCGGUACCGGCACUGGGAGAUGGACGCCCUGCGCACCUUGGUGCAGAAGGUCCAGGACCGCGCCUGGCGCUUGGAGACUGCUGAGCGCUCCGCCUGCAGCGUGUUGCCGCCACUUUGCCCCGAGCUGACCAGCCAGCGGCCCAGCCCGGAGCUGCUCUUCGACGACUUCGAGCGCUUGCUGGAGCAAGAUGUGGAGGGGAUGAAGGGGGAGGUGGACCCGGCCAGGGUCUCCAUCUCCGUGCCCACCAGCGAGCUUCCGCUGGCAGUGCGCGAUCCCUUCGAGGCGGCCGAGUGCUGCCGCCUAGCCGUGCACUUGCUCACCCUUCUCUGCAAUCAGUUCGAGCACAUCUCCCAGUCUGCCUUGACGCGCUUCGCGCUGAUCGCCCGGCUCCUGAUGCAGAUUCUUCCCAUGCCGCUUCCGCUGGACCACCCCAAGGCAAGCGGCUGCUUUUGGAUGCAGGAGAUGAAGCAGGAGACGAAGGCUGACCUGAUGAGACAUUUGUUCCUGAUCGCGCGCCACUUUGCCGCGGUGUGCUGCACUUUGCGUGCGAGCCGCGAGACGGACGGCGCCCGGGUGGUGGUGUCAGCGGCCAUCGCCGCCAUCAUGGCGAUGCCUUGCUGCGGCGGGUCCUGGUGGGGCCUUUGCAUGGCUCCCUUGCAUCCAGGAGCACUACAGUGGCCUCGCCGAGGGUCCCUGCCUGCCUUUCGGUGUCGACUGCGGCACCUUCAAGGCCGCCUCCGCGACCUUGCUUUUGGUGGCGCCAGAGUGCCAAGCGCUGCGUUCCCUGGUGCUGGACUACUUUGA